CUCCGAGUCCGAAAUUUAAAAUGUAAAGGAAUAUUUUUUUCCCCGUUUAAAGUUGUACUGUUCUUGGGGUAAAAGGAGGGGGGUACAAGACAGAAGACGUUCUUAAUCAUUAUGAAUAUGGUUUUGGGUGCCAUAGAAUGGAACAACUAUUCAAACUUAGAAAGCUACCUAGGCACUUAUUAUGGGUCCUGGAAAAUCAGAAAAGUUUUAAGCACCCUGCAAUGAGUCGGCUACUAACUGAGCGACAAACUGAUGUAUAUAGAAAUGUUCCAACAUUAUUCAGUGGUACUUUUAGUUGUCUUCAAAUCCGAAACUAUGCAAAGAAAGCUCAGGGAAAAUCACCAAAAGGUGGCAAACUAAAAACAAUGCAUCUCUCAGACGAAGAAAUGGCAAAUGUGAUUGAUAUUGAUGGCUAUCGAAGAAAUCUGCAACAUGUGAGUGAACAAUUGAAAAAGGAUUAUGCUGAGAGCCUCUCCCUCCGCUCUACGGGAGCCAACAUUGAAAAUUUAUUGGUCAAAAUAGAGGAUGAAGAGCACUCUCUUCAUGAACUUGCGCAGAUCUCCAAGAAAAAUCAGAACUUGAUUGCCAUUAAUCUGUCAGAUUUUCCUGAGGCAUUAAAACCAGCCAUGCAAGCCAUUUUGGAAACAGGAAGUGGCUUGAAUCCACAGCAAGAAGGGACUAUGAUCUACGUGUCUAUUCCAAAAUUAACAAGAGAACAUCGAGAAACCCUAGCAAAGAAUGCAAGAACUUUGUUUGUGAAAGCCAAAGAUGAUAUUAGAGCUGUACAAAAUCAGUAUAUGAAAGAAGCAAAACGUAAAACUGAUUUGUCUGAAGAUUUGGUUUUUGCUACUGUGAACCAAAUUAUGGCUAUUGCUGAACAGUGUAAUGGAGAGUUAGAGAAGCUUAUGAAAACAAAACAAAAGGAGUUGCUUGGAGAUAGCUGAAAUAUUUUAUUAUAUAUGUAUUUUUAUUCAAGUUAAAAUUAAAUUAAGUAUCAA